AUGAACGAGGAACCUCACGCCCACGAAAAUCUGGUGGCUAAGCCCCAGCCAUCCCGGGAGAAGGAUCCUGAAACUGGCAGCAUCAGUAGUGAGGAGAGCUUCGACGGAAGCAUCAGUUCCGUAGUGCCGUCCAUUAUAGCGGAAACCGAACUUCCGGGAGAUCCACCAACUUCAAGCCCCCAAUCCCUGCGUAUUUAUCUACUCGAGCCCUUCAUUCUCAUUCUGCUAUUUGCCUACAAUUUCUCUUCAACCGUCUUGAAGAAUGAAGUCAUCUACCAAAGCUGCACAGCGGGUUUCGGUUAUCCGGAUAGCGUUUGCCGUCUGUUGGGUACCAAGAAUGCCACGAAUGAGACAAAGAGAAUUGAGGAGCAAGUGCAACCAUAUGCAGCCAAUGUGACUCUGGCCAUGAGGAUAGUGGAAUGCUUCAUCCCGGCUUUCUGUGGACUCUUCGCCGGAGCCUGGGCGGAUCGCUAUGGGCGCAAGCCUCUGCUCAUGUGCUCAUUUGUGGGCUACGGCCUGCAGUAUCUGAUCUCAGCCGCGAUCGCCUAUGGGGCCAUGCAGACCCACGGCCUGGUCAGUCCCUGGUGGUAUGUGCUAUCCAUCGUACCACUCUCCUGCUUGGGAAGCAGUGUCACCUAUUCCGUGGCCGCUGUUUGCUUCAUUGGCGAUGUCUCCGUAGGCAAAGUUCGUUCAUACAGGAUGAUUGCCUAUGAACUGGCCAUUUAUGUGGGCCUGCUCCUGGGAAGCUUUGGAUCCGGUUUCGCCUACGAAGCCACCGAUUCCUAUAUCGUGUUCAGCAUCUCAGCAAUUUCUAUUUUUACGGCCCUCUUCCUUAUGACGAUCCUUCUUCCAGAGAGUUUGCCUAUUGAGAAUCGAACAUUAUCCACAUCACCGAGUGGCACAAGUGUCGUCUCUCUGUUAAAGAAUUUAUGGAAAACCUGCACGAAGCCCCGGGAGCAUAAGAAUCGCUUUAUUUUGCUUACCAUUAUGGUGGUGCUACUGCUUACCGCAUUUGUCUCAGAUGGUAGCAAUUCUGUGUUUUAUAAGUUUAUGAGGAUCAAGUUCCAUUGGACCGUGAAGCAGUUUACCGAGUACGAGACGGUCAGCAUUCUGGUUCCCGCAGUGGCCGGUUCCGGAGGAGUGCUCUUCAUUUGGUCCCUGAGGAAGUGCACCAAAUCGGCGGUUCUGUGGCUGGCCUUGGUAUCCCUGUUGAGCCACUUUUCCAGCAGCCUGAUGAAGGCCUUCGCCUUGGUCAGCUGGCAGAUCUAUGUGGCCAUUGGGCUGGGCGUGUUCAAAUCCCUUGUGAAUCCCAUGUGUCGCACUAUGAUUAUCAACCUACUGCCGGCUGAUGAGCGGGGUAAAGUCUUCGCCUUGGUUGGUGUCUUACAAGCCCUCGCCCCUCUCAUAUCGUCCACUCUAUAUGUUGCGAUCUAUACCCGGACUCUGAACAGUGAUCCGGGGAUUUUCAAUGUGUUUAGCGCCUCUCUUUUUGGCAUAGCUAUUAUUCUGCUGGGAAUGGUUUGGCACAAGAAGGCGAGAAAUCAGGUGUACUAUGAGCCGGUUUUUAAGUGAUUCCAAGAAAGAAAAGAAAGAAAGUGCCAGUCAUGCCAAAGUUUGGCAUAUCAGUUACACAGGUGAACUGCUACCUCCUAACCCAAAAUCCACACAUCAUUUCGCACUUAUUUCCAUACUAAUUGUUGCUCAGUACGACUGAGGAAUUAUUGUUUUGGACCCUCUACUGUAGAUCUCACUCGCCCUUCCUUUGGGAAAACAUUGUUUAAUUACAAAACUCAAAAUAUUUUCUCAUUAACAAAAAUAUGGGUUAUUACUGCUGGCAAAGCUAUGGCGUGUGCGCAGUCACUUGACAGCUCUUACGGAAUAUCUAUAAAAAUAUUAAGAAUGUACAUACGUUUGUAUGCCCAAUAAUUGGCGCUAACUCCAGAUUUGAGCAAAUGCUAAUUCCACUUGCUAAUUUUAAAUUAGUCCCCAGUUUUUUACACCCUUGAUCAAGAUCGAUCAAAAAACCGAAUGAAGCUCGGUUUACGCACAAAUUUAUUGCCCCAACAGAGCAGAACGAAAUCCCUGGAAUUCUACAUGGAUUGUAUCAGACCAUAUCGCAUGAAUUGUCACCAGGCCAAUUAAAUCUAAUAUAAAAUAAUUAUCGAAAGUAAAUAAAAUUAUAACUAUGGCGAUUUUGUGCGAUCUCUGGCUUUGUGAAAUCCAAUAGUUUUUAAUUUGCGUUAUAUAAUGCCUGAAA